CCGGACAGGUUAUCGAUCAAGUACUUCAGCCAGACUUCGUCCCGGGGUCCUUCAUGGGUUACUAUCCAGAGGGCACCCUACCCGGCUACCAGCCGUCGGACUCGUUUUCGCUCAUCAACGACCCGCGUAACGGAUUCGACAAGCUCUACUCCGUCGACGCUGAACAUUGCGCCUAUCAACAAAGUUAUGACGAAUUGUUCGCUCAGGAAGCGAAUGUCGCGCUAGAUGGACUUGCGAUGCCCCCGAUCACGGAGGACGAAGUGGAAGCCAUCUUGGAUGGCCUAUACGGCAUGAACUCGCGGCCCCUUACUCCUCCGUCCGACCUCGAGUUCCCCCCCAAUCCCGCGAUGCAGGCUGCCCUCGACAUGGCGUGCGCCUACCAAGACUUCGUUCCACCACCGAUGCAGGCCGUCGGAACGAACGACGCCCUGAUGCCGACCCUCAGUGCGUCCGCGCCAAAGGAGAGCCUGGGUGUGUUGGAACUGGCCGUCCGGGCCGUCAAGACAGUAAACUACGAUUCGGUGUGCUCUCUGUCUCAUUCCGCGGCGCGACGGCCGCGUAAGCAGCGGAAGGUACAACCGACCACAUUGGAUACGGGCGCUGCUCCCCCGCUCGCUUCCGGCGGUAGCGAGGUCCCAUCUGGGCGCAAGCGACGUCGGUCGUCUGCUCAGGAGCCGGAGAGCUCUAAGAGGUCGAAAGUAUCGGCGCCGAAGGCUGCGUCGGGCAACAGCGCAGACCGGACCAAGCAGGGGUUGAAAUUUACGCCGCUGCACAGUCAAAAGGCAGCGGUGCUGAAGAAGGCGGAGCGGCGCAGGAGAGAGGCAGCCAAGUACCUGGAACAAGCAAACGCCUCUGACCCGCAGGAGGCAGAUGCAAUGAUAGAGUCGGAGUGGUGCAGGAGAAUCGCAGCCAUGUAUUUGGAACAAGCAAUUACCUUUGAGGAGGAGGCAGAUGCGAUGCGAUGAUAGAUUAGAGCAUGUUCGUUGUGCUAGUGAAUGGACUCAAAAUAUCUACGUCUCUUCGUUAAUUUCAUACAGUUAUCUUGCUGGAACAGACGAGAUUCUGAGAUUGUAGCAGUAUCAUGUCGUAUAGAGCGCAAGACGCAGUGUGCGGCAACGA